CCAAAUGCCGACUGAAACAAUAUAUUUGAUCUCGACAACGUGAAAAACAUCGCAUUUCUGUCUCAACAACGUGAAAAGCAUCGCAUUUUUGCGAAAACAGCAGACCAUGGAAUAGAAGGAUCACGGAUUUGAAAUCCACGAAGUUUACGAACUGAAUUUACUGAUAAAAUGUCAUUUCGCAGCGACUCCUGCUCUGACGAAGCACCGCCGUAUGUUUUACCCUUUUUCACCACUGCACUCUCAAUACUUUUUGCACUCGUUACCAUCCCUGGAAAUGCUCUUGUGCUGGUAGCCGUGUUCCGAGAUCCAUACGGCAAUCUCCGAACACCGUUCAAUUACCUUGUCCUGAAUCUCGCCAUUGCCGACCUGUCAGUGGGUCUCAUUGUGAAUCCGCUGUCCAUUAUAUAUCAUCUGGAUGAAGGAAUAAAGAGUAUAAACCUGCCGGGAUUUGGGAUUGAGAUUGAGCAUGUUGCAUAUCUUACAGCGUGUACUGCGUCAGUGCUGAGCAUGGCUAGUAUGACAGCUGAUAGAUAUGUUGCUGUUGUUCACGCAGCCAGAUAUAAAGCAUUUCAGACCACAAGAAGAGUUGUCAUCACGUGUACCAUCAUUUGGUUGCUCUCAGGCUCUGUCACGUACUUGUACUUUGUGAUCGGAGAUUUUCUUUAUCGUUUUGUCUUCGCAAACGUCGUGGUGAUUUUCACUUUUUGCAUUCUCGUGUUUUCCUUCUUUCGAAUCAAUCUAACCCUAAGACGUCAGAGAGCAAGACUGAAUGUCCAAGCCGUCGCAUCCAUUGCCACACCUGCCGCAAGAGCGCAUCAAUACGUGCCUAACAUGAAGUAUGAAGUUCGUGUUACUAAGAUGUUUAGCAUUAUUCUCUUGUGGUAUGUCGUAUGCUACCUUCCAGCCUGCAUCGCCAUUUAUCUCGUCAACUUUUGCCAUAGCUGCAGUUGUGACGUCAUACACUGGUUACGAGAUCUGCAAUUGUGUUUCCUGUUGCUCUCGUCAGCGGUAAACCCGUACGUGUAUGCGUGGACAUCACCUCGAUUUCGUUCAGCCUUUCUCAAAAUUCUCUAUCUAAGUCAAUAUGACAGAGCCAGAGGACAUGGAAAUGCAACAAUGUCGUCACCCACAGACAAUCAAAUGACAUCCAUGAGAUAAAGACAUAUCCAAUACGUUUUCCGCGCAUAUUAUCAAAGGAAUAAAAGGGUAUUGGUCACAGCUGAGUCUCAUUUGCCUUCCAUGGCUCAUUAUGAAAAGAUUAAAAAAACUUUGGAAGAACCCGCGUGUCGGUACGAGAGUCGACGGAUUGUAAUCGUUCGAGCUUUUGAAAAAGACAUUUUUGAAAAAAUUUAUUUGAUUUUUAUAGUAUGAUGAAACUGUACUGAUUGCGUUCCCAACGUUGCUGCAGAAGUAGAUUUAUCAUGCAGACGGGAUUACUUGAUGAUGAUAAGAUAUAUAAAAUUCGAGCAUUCGUUGAGUUAAAUUGAUGACGUUGGACAGUAAGGAUAGGAGAGAAAUUCAACUGUUUGUUGUGAUUGCGUUAUUGGCAUUAAUUGCUAAAGUAUUGAUAGACAAGUUUUACUACUAUAACAAUAUACUUUCGUGCAAAAA